AUGCAAGGUAAGCUUGUCUCCAUUUGCGAACUACAACGCAUUAACAGCUGGCAUCCUUUCAAUGUAUGGCGCCAAAUGGAUGAACAGGUGGCCAAUGGCGACUCUUUCCAAUUGCAGACAUUCAACAACAAGCACGCACGAGAUCUACCCAUGUUUCAAGCUUCCAUUCCCAUUCAACAGGUACGGCCAAUCGCUGCAGCGAUUUUGCUAUUCAAGUUUGACAUUGUGGUACUGAAGCUCGUGUGUAGGUUGCUGUUCUCUCGUUUACAAGGUCUAAUGGGUGCGUCUCGUGUAUUCAUUCCCAAGCUGUCCACAACAACACUUCUUUACACUGCCUCUUUUGGAUCGACUUGUUGGAUGAUGGUACCUGUUGGCAGUAGCAAGAUAUUGAUCUUAAAGCAAGGACGCUGUACGUUGGUUCAAUGGUAUGUAUGGUGUUGGAUCUACAAUGCAGGACCACUUAAUUAA